AUGCCUGGUGUUAACAAACCAUUGGAUAAUAUCGUUGAUGCGUUACGACUUUCACCGUUAAUAAUAGCGAUGGCAAACGAAUUUGCCCAUAGUAUUUCUAGCACGUUGAAAAGGAUAGCAUUUGAUCUUAUCAUAUUCGGCUAUCUCAUCCCUUCAGCGGUUAUCAUUUUGGUGACUAUUCUUACAUGUUGGUAUAUACGUGAAGAAAUUCGUAAUAUUUAUCCAAUGCUUGUGCCGGUUUGUUAA